AUGAUCGAAGGCACUGGUAGUGAGUCGCAAGCGAAAACGGAACUUGCUGCACCAGAACGCAAGGAUCGCAUAGCUAAGCAGAAGGCCAGGCUGACGGGGUUGACGUUGCAGAACGAGUUCGAACGCUGGCAUUACUCGCAGAAGCUCAUCACGGAUAUGUUGCAGAAAGAUACCAUCAUAUAUUUAGCGCCUUCGAAGUUCCCGACUCGCCGGGCUGAGUUGUCGCACGAAUGUAUCAAUAAAGAGAUAGUUCUUGAUGUGAGUGCAAGCUUGAAAGUACAGGACCGUCGUAAAGAGCUCAGCUGCGAUACAUCCACAGAACUCUGGCUUUACCAGGCGUUGACGCAUCGUGCGUUGGCCAUGGACCUUGUAGGCCGCACCACCGACCGGCAUGCUUUCUUUCGUCUUAGUGAGAAGCUCACAGAGGGCAUCAAGCAGAAGGCUGAUGGUACCAGACCCAUAGACACUGCCUUGCCUGCGCUCGAAAGCGAUCUGCAGGUGACCUUCCAUCUGCUUCCACUUCAAGGCAAGAAGCGACCGGCGCGUGUGGCUGACACCGAUUCGGGUUGGAAACGUGCAAACACUGGUGAUCAAGACUCAAACAAAAAAGGCAAAGGCAAAGGUAAAAACCAGCCAAUCUGCCACCAGAGUUGGCCGACAAGGUGA